CCAUAGAUAAAGAGAGGUGAUGAGGUGUUCAAUUUUAGUACACGGUGAGACAGCGAGAGAGAAGCUACGAGGUCCCGGAUGUAAGAGAUCCCUUGGUCGGCCAAGUCUGUCACGAUGUCCUCAGACACUGCUCUAGGCGACGCGAUCUUGAUUCCGAUUCCGAAGCCUCUGACCAUCAAGGUCACUCCAUGCACCGAACUCAUAGGCCCUCCCGACGCCUACCGAAACGAGUCGACCCCGCGAGGUGCCAUUCUCGUCGCUAACUACUCCACCUUCAUCAGCCCGGACAGCGAACCGCGCCUGGGUUCGGAGGUGGACGCGGACCACAUAGCCGAGCUGUUCCGCCAGAUGGGUUAUGAGAACACGAAGACCAUUGUGAACGCCACGGGGGAGGACACGAAGAAGGCGCUCCUGCAGUUCAGGGAGGAGAAGAUUCACGAGGGCGUGGAUUCGCUGGUGGUCGUGUUCAUGAGCCACGGAUCGGAGGAGCAAAUAUGCACGUCGGACGGAGAGAUUCUUCAGAAUCGAGAGAUCGUCGAGUACUUCAGCGACGCCGAUUGCCCCGCGCUCAAGGGGAAGCCGAAGUUCUUCAUUUUCCAGCACUGUCGUGGGAAAAAGGAGCAUAUAGCAGUUACCAAUACACACAGAGACUUCCAAAUGAUUGGUAAAAGUUAUGUGCCUCAGAAAAAGAGCCAAAGGAAACUGUCAGACGUCUAUAUCUGUUAUUCAACGCUUCCGGGUUUUGUGUCCUAUAGGUAUGACUUCCGCGGGUCUCCUUAUAUCGACAAAAUCUGCAGAGUCUUCAUGGCAGAAGCUCAUCACAAGGAGAUCGAUGUCCUUAUGAAGCAAGUGGAAAGGGCAAUGCCAGACGCACAACCGACGGAAAUACGACGCAUGGGAUUCAAGUACGAUUUUUAUUUCAACCCAAGGUCUCCGCAAGAAAGUGCAUCUGCAGUGGCAUGCGGUGAUGCAGUGGACGCAGAUGAGAACACUUACAAGACCACUAGCUCCCCGAAGGGCCGUGUCCUCAUCAUCAAUAACCUCGAAGGAUGUCAGGAGGACGUGAAGAAACUGCACGAAAUCUUCACCCUGCUCGGAUUUGACGUCCUGCCGCCCCUUGAGAACCUGACGAAGCCUGAGAUGCAGGAAGCGUUUAGUGCUUUUUCCGAAAAGACACAAUACGACUCAUCUGUUGUUAUAAUCUAUGGGAGAGGCUUCGAGGACUGCUUAGUGUCUGAAGAUGGCAAGAUAACAACUUUCCUCGAACUCACACGGACGUUUAACGAUUUGAAUUGCCCGAAUUUAGCCGGAAAGCCGAAGCUAUUCUUUAUGAAUACGUGUUUUGUUGGUGAUAUCAUGACAGAAGAGCCAGAGGCCGCUCAAACGGGACAUGCUGCUGAGCUCUGCUACCGAAGUGAAGUCUUAGAGCAAGCUGGACUGAGCACUGAUGGCGGAUCAGACACGGCACAAGACAAGCUUCUUCCUGCUGAGCGUGACAUUUUUCUGCUCAGCGUAGAAGUGGACAAAGAGUGCAAGCAAGGUUCAUUGUUCACAGAGGCAUUAUACCAAGUCCUUAUCACAAAUGCAAAGGACAAGGAACUCAUGGCCCUUACCAAGAUGAUUCUGCGGAGGUUAGACGACCUGCAGGAGGGUAAUGGAGGCGAAGAGCAGUAUUAUCAUGAGGUGAGGACCUACAAAUUCCAGCGCGAUUAUUACUUCAAUCCCCCGAAAUUUGAAUCGCUACCACGCACUCCCUCUAAACCCCGGGAACUGAUGAUUCCAAAGUGCUUUUUCACCAAAAAGAUCAACGUGAAGCAGGUGAAACAAUCCAAGAACACCCAUUCUGACUACAGGAACUGGUCGAGACCUCAUGGCCUAGCCCUCGUCCUCUCCUUUGAGAAUUAUGAAAGCGAAGACCUGCCGAACUGUCCAUGGCGGAAGUACGUUGCGAAGAUGUUGUCAGAGCUUUACAAUGGCCUGGGUUAUAAGACGGAAGUAUGUCGUGAUCCAAGCAUCGCCGAAGUCAAAACCCGCCUGGAACAAUUUUCAAAAAGACAAGAACAUGAAGGUCUCGAUUCUGUAGUUGUCAACAUUCAAGGGCUUGGCAGAGACCUUAACACCUUCUACUGCGCCGACGGAGAGCUUCUUCACCUAUCGGAUGUAUUUUCACACUUCACGGACGAGUCUUGCCCAGCUCUGAAGGAAAAACCCAAGUUAUUCUUCCUCCACAUGACGGAAGCGGAAAAAUGGGAAAGUACUAGCGAAACCCCGGGGAAAGAAUUGAAAGACGCCUUCAUAGUGCGCCUGACAUCUAAAGUGUCCGAAAGUGGGAGUCACCCAACCGAUGGCUUGUCCGCAUGGAGGAAAGCCCUUGAGGAAUGUGCUCACGAAACUCACCUGGAGAGCCUAAUUAUGAAGGCUGACACGUACCUGCAUGAUGGGGUCUUGACUAACAGCGUGUCCGACGAACAUUUUUCCCGUGAGAUGUGUACUGUGCGUGGAAAACUCUUUUUCAAUCCCAAUAAAGUGUGAUCGUCUUCAUUCGACGUCGCUAGUCAUGGACCUCACAGCAGGGCAAAGUGGAUGGUGUUUUUAUUACUAUUGUUAUUAUUAUUGAGGGUGAUACUUACUAUCUGUGAUGGAUGUUCACUCUUUGAUAAGUAUUUCUGACUAGUUUGAAAUCUGCUUUCCGCCAGUAUGCCAAAUGAUCUCAAAGAACCAAAUGAUGAUAUUGAUUUGGUUUUUAGAAUAUAUAUUUUAGAAGGUAAACAAAGAGUCUUGACUAUGCAGUACACAAGAGAUGGAAGGAACAUUUUAUAUACAUGAUCUUUAACAAAAUUACAUUCACAGUGUAAUCAAGAUAAUUUGAUGUAAAAUAAGUAUACGUGAAUACAUUUUAAAACAAGAUAUGCAAAGUAACACAAUGCACUAAAAUCAAUGAUUUCGCGAGCCGAUUUUACACAAAUGCUACUUUACAAAAUUAUAUUUCUUUAGUCAGUCCAAUAAUUCGAUGGAUUUGCAGUUUCAUCUUUCUGGUGUUGUUGUACCGUUUGAUAUUGACAUUAUCACUGAGAUGUGAGAAAGUAAUCUCUUGUAUAAUAAUGUCUCUAAUUCAGAGAUGCUACAGCUGCCAAAUCUCUCUCUCUCUCUCUCUCUCUUCCUCUCUCUUUCUCUCUCUCUCUCUCUCUCUCUCUCUCUCUCUGUGUUUGUGUGUGUCUUAAUUAUUAAUUUUUAUAUAAUUCAUUUUACAGAAGAAUAAUAACAAUGACAAUAAAAAAGAAAACAUUU